AUGUGUGAUCAUGAGGCGAUCAUCUAUCUCUCAAGCCUUGGCCCUGGCCUUCGUGGAGGGGAGACGGUUUUCCCGGUCGCUCUGGACCCACAAAAGGAAGGUCCGCCAAGCGAGGCCGAAGAACGAAUGAUCGAGGCAGCUGGUGAACUCCUUGAUGUGAGUUUGGAUCACACGGACAAGGUGCUGGAUGAAACACGGCUUGAUAUUGUUGAUGCCGCACGCAUCAAACAGGCAGCACGCGACCUGCUUUUUCACGCAGACCACGGAUCCACUGGCUUGAGAGUUACUCCAUCCCAAGGCAGCGCCUGCCUUUUUUGGACGCGCCAGGAUGAUGGUGAGAUCGAUCGUUUCUCCUGGCACGGAGGCGCGCCUGUAGUGCCAGAUGCAGACACCGCCCAGCGACUGAAGCCGGAGAUGCAGGGUUGGAAGUGGACGUUGCAGAAAUUCAAGGAAGUCCCGGUGGAUGUGCGUUCCAACGCCAGCAAGAUGGCAGAUUUUGUGCGCAGGACGCGCAGAGAAGCAUUUGAUAAAUUUGGUUGA